AUGUCAUAAUACUGCAAAUCUAAGAAGCAAAUUCUGGAAUUAUUUACUAGUAUUGAUGUCUAUGGUAGACCUUUUACACUAACCUUCAAGGGAUAAAAAACGUUUAAGACCCCUGUUGGAGCAUUAGCAACAGGAAUUAUAUUUGUUACUUUAGUCAGCUACAUCUCUUAUAAAUCAGUUAGACUAUUCUGUAAGCUAUUUUAAAUUACAACAAAGGAUUUAGAAAAAGAAGAUAACAAGAUAGGUAGGUACGUCCUAAAUGAAGCUUAGAAUGAUAACCCAGAUAUUAUUGAUGUUUAGUAAGUACUAAUCAUAUCUGACAAUGAUACUAGUGAGAGAGGUUUUGAUAUUGCAUUUGGAGGAUACAAUGACAUAAGCCCAAAGUAUGGGCAUGUGUCUGCAGUGCACUAUACGAAGACUAGAGAGAUUGAUAGUGUGACUAAUAAAGUCGGUAAUAAGUUUAUAUUAGCUGAGUGCGUUUUAGAUAACAAAUUUGAAAAUCAACAGUUAGAACUUAUCAAAUGUAAAGAUCUUUAUUUCAACUAUCCCAGGAAAAAUGAAUCUGCAUAUCUAGAUGUUGCUGACCUCUUAUGUAUUAAAGAUAAAUCAAUGCUUAAGCUUGGAGGAGCUUGGACUACGAAAAGAUUAUAAGAAAUAGACAUUUGCCUAGCCCCUUGUGAAAAUUCUACUGCAAACAAUUUUUCAUGCGCCCCAUAAACUGAGAUAGAAACGUAUUUUAAGGAUAUAAGAUACGUCAAUUAAUACUUUGAUUUCGAUGAUCUUGAAUAACCAGUUAAGAAGUAUAUUGAGGAUAGAUACUUUAUACCAGUUUAAACUUUUUAGUAAAAAGGAAUGGAAAUAUUCAUUAAAAAAUCAUUCCCCUAAUUAAAUGAUGACUACAAUCCUUUCAGUCGUACUAAAUAUGAACCAUUUGUUUAGGUCGAUAACUUCAUAGAGUAUACAUCUAAAGUCAACUACUAUAUGAAUUGCUAUGUAAAAGUAAUAUUGAGAGUAGACUUAGAAUAUGAAAUAUACACUAGAUAAGUUUAUACCUUUGCAGACUUAUUAACAGAUCUAGGAGGAAUUUUCAGUGCUUUGUUUGCUAUUGGUAGUAUAUCUGUUAGCUUUAUCAGUGAGAAUAUGUUCUAUUCUCAAAUCAUUAAGGAUGUAUAUUAGACUUAGAGUUACAAUGAUAAAAAAGUUCAAUCUAGCAAUCAAAAUGAUUUUGAAAGCUAAAGAGAUCUUGAUAAGCAUAGUAUUUCAGAUUAAUCUCCAAAAACCGCUCUUUUUUAAUCUCCAUCUAAUACAUCAUAAAAGAGGUUGCUCUGGGAUUUUUCAAGCGAGACUAAUAUAUUGGAAAAGGUAUUGGUAGAAAUAUAAAGCAGAUUAAGAUUCAAAUACAACUUUAAAAAUAUCAUUCAGUAUACUUUCAAAUGUUAUAGAAGAAAGCACAUCCAUGAGAAAAAGAGCGAAGAUAAGUACAGAAGGAUGUUUUUAUUUGAAAAAGGAAUAAAGAAAAUAGAUCAUGAAUUUGAUGCAAUCAGUUUAUGUAAACACAUGAAAUAACUCAAAUUACUUACAUCCGUAUUACUCGAUCCAACAUAAAAGCUUUUGCUGGGAUUUUAAAGGAAAAAUGCUUUGGACUCAGAGAGCAGUGAUCACUACUCGGAUGAUGAUGAUGAUGUUUAAAUCAUUAAGAAAAUGAAGACCAAGAAUGAAUUUGUUAGGCUGAUGUGUUUAGGGAGGAUUAAAACUCAGCUAAAAGAGUAUUUUGAUAAAAAGAAUGGAAGAUUUAAAGAGAUUGAUUAAAGAUUGUUUGAAGGUAUCAUGAAUAAACACUUGGAUCUAUCCAAGAGAAUUGCUAGCUAAGGUAGCCCAAGUAAUCAGUUCAAAGAUAAUGAUAAUACAAUCACAACUUAGAAUUUACAUUCUAGACUAAUGAAGAUGUCAUUUAGAUUAGAUAAUUCAGCAAUAGGGAAAUCACAAGGUCAAGACGGCCUACUCAGCACUAUGGGAGCUACAAUUCAAAAUCAACACCAAUUACUAAAAUUAAAUAAGGUGCAUAAUGAUGAUUAGAUAGAAACUAACCGUAUUGAUAUGAAACAGACUGGCAAUGCAAAUGAAAUUGAAAAUUUUAUGCCAGUUCCACUUAAUAGUGUAACUUCAGGAUCAACAAGCAAGCAAAAAUUAGCUGGGAUCAUUAAUUAUCCCAAAUAUAAUAAAAUUACAAUCCCUACUCUCAACAAGCUAAGUCAGGGCUAAGAAGCUGAAAAUACGAUAGAUGAUUAAAUAAAUACCUUAAGAUUCUCAAAAUUAAGAAGUAAGAGAAAAUUCAUUAAAACAAGAAGGGGCAAUGGACAUAAAUAAGAUGAGGAUGAUGAUGAAACUACAAAUAAUAAAACUGAUAUGUAGUAGGACCAUUGA